GAUCACAUUGUUGUUGUCGUCGUAGAAGAGUACGGAGAUGGGACUGAGCUUGGUGGGUGCGCAGCACGCUUUGGGAACCUCGUCCGGCUUCAGAAGGGUUCGCAAUCGUCGGGAGGUGGACAGCGACAUCGACUUCGAAGAGGAAUCAACUGCCCUGGAUGAGGUCCAGUUGGUUGUGCCAUUGGAUGAUGUGCCGGGUGUACCACUGCUGCCAGCCAUCCUUGAGGAGGUGCCAGAUGUGCCGACUAUCCUUGAGGAGGCCACUGGUAAUUGGCAGUUGAUACCGAUUAGGUUUAGCUCCCUGUACUGUGGGCCUGUUGUGAUCAGGAACAAUGCCGGUCCGGUGGCUAAAGCUUGGAGAACUUUCCAGUUCAUCAGCCCCAUUAUCACCUACAUGCGUGGGGGGAUCCCAGGUAUGUGUCUUUGUCACUACCUAAUCCUAAUCUACAUCCAGGUGGUGGUGAGGAUGCACCAUGUGAGUAGGGUUCGAGGCCUGGAGACUCAACUGGUGUGGGCCAUCUCCAAGGAGACACACAGACUUAGUCCAGAGGGCAUCCCCUACUGUGCCACCAAGGUGCAGUCCAUCUCUUGGAUCCAGUAUGUGGCUGGCAGGGUGACCCAGUAUGCGUCUCACGUCCGCCACGAGACGUCUGUGGCCGUGACGCAUGGCUGCUACCAGGUAAAUAAACAAUUUCCUAUGUAUAUAGAAUAG